AUGGGACUUGAAAACACUCUCCUCUUUGUCUUCUUUCGAGGAGUUAUAUUACUCUGCGCGGUUUUCCACGCAGGAGUAGAAUCGUCUGCUCUUUCUCGAUCAGCGUAUUUCACAACGUUGACAAAUAAGCAGCUUAAAGGUUUCGUUGUUAAACGGUUUGAGUCCCCUAGUUUAGUUUGGUGUAGUCAGUCUUGUUUGAAAAACGCCUGGUGUACUUCAACAAACUUCAAACCUGCUCCUCAAACUUCCAAGUCUGAUGGCAAAGGAACUUGUGAACUAAACAAGCACGACGUUAUCAAAGAAAAUGCACAUUUACAGUUCGAGGCGGGAGCCAUUUUCUCAACACUUAUCAAGGAUUGCCGACUGGCAGCCAGUACCUGUUUAAAUGGUGGUGUGUGUUUUUAUGACAAGAAAAAGCAAACUUAUUCAUGCGAAUGCAAGCCCCCUUGGACCGGAGAAACUUGUGCUGAUCUGUUUACCUGUGACAGCCAUCCCUGCAAAAACAAUGGAACUUGUACAGACGGAGUCAAUGAAUAUAACUGCAGCUGUGCACCAGGAUUUUACGGGACACAGUGUGAAAAGAUUGAAGGCCUGUCUUGUUCAUCAGCUUACCGAAUGGUCUUUGGACAGCCUAGCAUAAAGAGUUACGCCAGCAUAACAAACGCCACCUCGUCUAGUCUCUCGGAAUUUACUAUGUGCCUUUUUGUCAAAAUGAAGGAUACAAAUUUGAUUGGUAGCCAGUGCCUCUACAGUUAUGCGACUAUUGGAGCACGUUAUGGGAAUGCCUUCUACGUUUGUCUGUUUUUCCCAGGAAUUAGGAUCUCUAUAGACGCCUCGGAAAAUGAUGAUACAGACGCCAGAGUCAAAAUUAAUGAUACCACGUGGCAUCACAUUUGCGUUACCUGGAAAAACACCAAAGGCUACUGGCAGCUUUAUCUGGAUGGACAACUUCAAAUCUCUGGAACAGACUUGAAAAAAGAUCAUCAGAUACCAGCCGGCGGAACAGUUGUCAUUGGACAAGACCAAGAUAAAGUAGGAGGGGGCUUUGGUAUCGAAGAUAGCUUUGGGCCGGGUGAGGUAACAGAAGUCAAUCUUUGGAGCAGAGUCCUUUCAGGGGAUGAAAUUGCAACUCAGAAGGCAAACUGUGACAUCGCACAAGCAGGCCUUGUUCUCUGGUGGGGACAAUUUAAAGGAAACGUUACUGGUGUGAAAAUAGUCGAGCCUUAAAAGUGAUAGGAUUUUCAUCACCCCCAUCUUGUUUAUGACGACAUGUUUAUCACAGAAGGAGAUCCUUCCUCGAU